GCGCGCAUUUCCUUCACUCAUGCAAAACCUUCCCCAAAUUAACCACAUGCAUGCACUACUCUUCUAUAUAUAAUAUAUAUGUGUAUAUAUGUAUAUAUAGCUUCAUGGAUUUCAUGCUUUCCAUCCUCACAGCUAGCUAUCCUUGGAACUAUUUAGCAGCAGACUCAGAGCUGGUACGUAGAAAUUUAUAAGAAGAUCAUGAGGCAAGCCGGAAUAUACUCGGGAAUACUCGCCGGAGGGAGAACGGGGCCUCACCUGUUGCCGUUGGCGAGGAUAAAGAAGAUCAUGAAGAAAUCUGGGGACAACGUGAACAUGAUAUCUGGAGAGGCUCCCAUCUUGUUUUCCAAGGCUUGUGAAUUGUUCAUCGAGGAAUUGACACGAAGGUCAUGGAUGGUAGCCAUGCAAAGAAAGAGAAGAACGCUUCACAAAGAGGACGUUGCCUCGGCUGUUAUAACCACUGAUAUCUUUGAUUUUCUUGUCAAUUUGGUCUCUGCAGAUUCUACUAAUCCUACCCCCUUCGCCUCGGUUGCCAUGGAAACAGUACUGGAGUCCAGCUAGCUAGGAGCUCUCUCUCUCUCUCUCUCGCGCGCGCGCAUGUGGAAGGAUUAUGUGUUGAUUGCUGCAGAUUGAGGUUGACAAUUUUCGUAAUUGUUCAAGACGAUCGUAGCGUGCACUAGAUCAAUAUAUAGUAGUAUUGAUAGUACUACGUACCAUAUGUUACGAUCGAGCGAUGCGAGAGGCAUUAUCCUCCUAAUUGUUGACAACUUUAAUUUACCAUUAUUAAUGUAUCGCAUGCGCAAAAGCACAUGCUUAAUUGUAAGUGUAAGCCGUUGAUCAAGUGUCG